CGUGUUUUAUACUCGCGACAAGGGCGAGCAGCCAGGCCAGCCGCCACUGUUUUAAUCCCACCAAACAAUACAUUAAUAAAUUACAACGAUAUAAAAAAAUGUCGUUACCAGGUAAGGCCCCACUGAGCUAUGUAGCUCUUUUUCGGAAGCGACUUGGCCACAAAUGAUAGCUCAACGAAGUGGUUUAUCAUCAUCAUCAUCACGUGGACAUUGAUAGCAGUCGUAUACUCUGAACGCGUGAUGUUGAUUCUAAAUGUGGAGGGGAAAACCAGAGGACCCGGAGAAAAAUCCACGCGACCACGGGGAGAGACACACGCAAACUCCAAAUAUACAGCAGGAGUCGGAGUCGAACGCACGACCUCCUGCAUACCAGGUUCCUCAUGAAGCUGAGCCACGAGACGGUGACCAUUGAGCUGAAGAACGGUACCCAGGUGCAUGGCACGGUCACAGGCGUGGACAUCAGCAUGAACACGCACCUGAAGGCCGUCAAGCUGACGGUGAAGAACCGCGAGCCGGUGACCCUGGACUCGCUGAGCAUCCGCGGCAACAACAUCCGCUACUACAUCUUGCCCGACAGCCUGCCGCUCGACACGCUGCUCGUCGACGACGGCCCCAAGGCGAAGGCGCGCAAGAGGGAAGCUGCCGUCGGCCGCGGCCGGGGUCGGGGUCGAGGCCGAGGUCGGGGCGGCAGGGGAAGGGGCCGCGGGGGGCCGCGCCGGUGAGCUCACCGCGACCGCCUGCGCCAGUGAGCUCACCGCGACGGCCUGCGUCGUUCCCCACCGCCGGAUGAUCCUCGCCGAACUCCGCCGGUCCGCGAGCCCACGCUCCGGACUGCGACCGCCCGCACCGGCGUGCGCUCAACGAUACCCAGCGGCAUCGGUGGUGGGAAUUACGCAAGGGCUUCGGUGUGGGAUUUGGCCGGCGUGUGUAAACGUGUGCGCGCGAGUCGAAACGGUGUUUUUCCUGGGGGGGGGGGGGGGGGUUGCAGCUCGGCUGAACAAUGAUGACGAGCCGUAUAAUGUUUUUCUUUAUUAGCGUUGACGAAAACGGACAGGUCUUCUCCCCAAAGUGAAUCUUUUCUUUCUUAAUCUCGUGUUACUUGAAAGGAUGGGGAGGGGGGCGGGGGGACGGAGUUGAAGCCUCGCUUGUUUAAGGCGCUGAUAACGUUUCACGAAUCAAUCGGUCCGUUGCGCUUGUGAAUAUUAGCUGGCAAAUGUAUUGCUCCCAUCUGAUAGAGUUACUGCUCUGAAGGAGCCUCUGUGCGAGUGUCUUGCUGGACCUUCGCCUUUGGAAUUUUAAUGGUGAAUUGCAAGAGAGAGAAAUAAUCAACCGUUGGCUUGGUGUGGGUUUUUUUGUCAGUGGCUUUUUCGGAGUGUACCGGAUAAGAUUCCAGCAAUGUUUUUUCACCUUCACUGUUUUGAAAAAGGAACUUGAAAUAGCUCCAGAGGUUUUUUUUAACAAAUACCGUUACGUGGGUUGAAAAGUGAAAUAAGUUUUGUUUCUUGUUUGAAAAUGCUACUUAGUAAAAUGUUGAAAUUGUGACACUUCUCCAUUGAAAUGCCAGUAGUGGUUAAAAAUUCUAAAUAAAUCUCAUUUUCUCACAA